GCCACGGUGAGCCCUGCCGCUGCAGCCGGGGCGCAGACCCUGAGUGCCAGCUCCGCGCCCCCGAGGAGAGCAACGGCGAGCCUCCAAAACCCGCACGAUGCAGGCCACUGCCGAUUCCACCAAGAUGGACUGUGUGUGGAGCAACUGGAAAAGUCAGGCUAUUGACCUGCUCUACUGGCGGGACAUCAAGCAGACUGGGAUCGUGUUCGGGAGCUUCCUGCUACUGCUCUUCUCCCUGACCCAGUUCAGCGUUGUGAGUGUCGUGGCCUACCUGGCUCUUGCCGCGCUCUCAGCCACCAUCAGUUUCCGCAUCUACAAGUCUGUGUUACAAGCGGUGCAGAAAACCGACGAGGGCCACCCUUUCAAGACCUACUUGGAGCUCGAGAUCACCCUUUCUCAGGAGCAGAUCCAGAAGUACACAGACUGUCUGCAGUUCUAUGUGAACAACACACUUAAAGAACUGAGGAGGCUCUUCCUUGUCCAGGACCUGGUGGAUUCCUUAAAAUUUGCAGUCCUGAUGUGGCUCCUGACUUACGUUGGCGCUCUUUUCAACGGGCUGACCCUGCUGCUCAUGGCUGUGGUUUCAAUGUUUACUCUACCUGUAGUGUAUGUUAAGCACCAGGCACAGAUUGACCAAUAUCUGGGACUUGUGAGGACUCACAUAAACGCUGUUGUGGCAAAGAUUCAGGCUAAAAUCCCAGGCGCUAAAAGGCAUGCUGAGUAAAUCGAUAUCCCACCAGGGACUGGACACAAACCAGAAUGUCUGGAGUGGUAACAACUCUGUUCUUACAUGUUACUGCAAAUUGAUUGUUUCUCCCCCCAGUACCAUAAUCUUAGAGACAAACUUUAAAACAGCUGUUUUUAGGCUGUUCCUGUACUCUUAGGAUAUUUGAGUCACUUGUGUCAAGCACUAAAGUAUAGAAAAAGUGUAUUAGAUGUGGUUUUAAUUUUGUGUUGCUAAAAAAAAAAAAAAAGUGCAUGAUGGUGAGAGCCCAGCUUAUUUUGUCUUCUUCGGUGUUCUCCUCCUCCUCUCUGCAAUGCUUCUGUAGCUUCUGACGUUCCCCGUGGCUAGGCCCUUCCUGCCGAGUGCACUGAUGCAGUAGUGGAAAUCGCUUAUAUGUCCUUGGGUUGCUGGUUGGAUUAAUCUUUAAUAACAAUAUAUAGAAUUGUAGACUGAUGUUUUAGUGUUUUUCCAACACACAACAUAAAAAUAAAAACAGUCGACCGUACUUAUGGUAAUCAGUUUUGUAUAACUUAAAAUAAUUAAAUAAAUGAAUAACCCCUCCUCCCUGCCCUCCCCCCCCAAAAAAAAACAUGCAGUACUUUUGUUGUGUGGGACUGACAGGCUGAUUUACAUGUAUGGUAAAAAAAAGUACCAGCAUGUUAACUUUAUUACGAUUUGUAUUACUUUCUCUGUAGUUCCUAAUGGACCUAAUUAUGGACUCUGGAUAUUUGCACUUAUGUACUUGAUACUGAAUGCAUAAAUAAAUGUUACUAAAUGUAAAACCUUCUCCCUCUCUUCUUGUGGUCUUACCAGAAAAUGCAAAAGUUCUAAGAGCUAGAAUCUUCUGAGGACAGGCUGGGAAGCCUGAGACCAAGAGCUCACUUUAUUCCUGUCUUCAGGACUGCAUGGUCCAACUUCAACUUAGUAUAUGGCUCCUUUGGGGUCUUUAUAGAAGUCACUACAAAGUAGUAAAACUGGAAAAUACUCUUCAUGUUGUAC